AUGUAUAUAGAUUUGAUUCUCUACAAUUAUCUACUACUAAUUGGUCAAGUCUGGUGCAGCAGCAGCAACAACAACCAUUCAGGACGACAAAUACUAAAAGGCAAGGGGAUAUUCGCUUUAAAACCUGUCGAUUUACCGUUGAAAACUUCUGUGGUCUCUCUACGUUCACGUACCGCUGAGGCCUAUUUUGGGGAUAAUCAUUUUUGCACAGGUUGCUUAAUAAAUGAUUUCUUUGUUAUAACAUCGGGAAAGUGUGUAACAAGUCGGGGUAAAGUUCCAAGACGACCACGUGAACUAGUUGUUGUAUCUGGAUCACUGAGUCGUUUGAAUCAAACUCGUGAAACGGAAAAGUUACCGGUUAGCUUUGCGGCAGUUCAUCCAAAUUAUAUCAUGUUCAAUACAAAUGAUAUUGCCUUAUUGAAAUUGAAAGAUCCAGUAAAUGAAAACUUUCAAGAAACUGAUCCUGCGCCACAAGCUCUAUCGCGACCGCCCUAUGGCAGUAAAUGCAUUGUAAUGGGCUGGGGUAGAAAAUUUGCGAAUGGACCCUUGGUAAGUAAUUUAACCAUGUUGGAGGUACAAUUGAUUACACCGGCUCAAUGUCGACGCUUUAUACCCGAAAUGACCGACGAAAUGUUAUGUACAGUGUCUCGUAAUAAUACUUUACCAGUGGGACCUUGCCCAGGAGAUACCGGAGGACCGCUCUUUUGUAAUGAUGCAUUAAUUGGCAUUGUGUCAUAUACCAUGGGCUGCAGUCGUGUAAAUUUUCCCACUGUAUACACAAGUGUUUUUUAUCAUCAGCUCUGGAUAGAGGAUUUGCUAGAUCGUGGUGGACAACAACGGAUUAAACUAGCCAUUGGUAUGCUAAUAUGGUCGUACAUGAUGACAUAAAGCAAUCAAAGUGCUUAGCCCCAUCAUUGCAGCACUUAAUUGCCACAAAAGCAGUGGGAAAAAGCAAUUUAAUUGACCCUGUUUCAGUCUAUCAUUGUCUCUUUGCGUCUCUCUCUCUAUGUUCAAUCCAAUAAAGCGUUGGAAAAUUUCGAUUUUAAAA